CAGAGUAGCGCCCCAGCUAUGGGUACUGUGGCCGCUGAGGGCGAAGUCGCGCGGUGCGCCUUCCUCACCUACUGCUGGUGGUGGCAGCGGCGGUCCUGGGCGGGGUCGAGUAAGGGACAUCUGGGAAGUCCUGGAGCCAGGGUACCUGGGAAAUCUCGAGACUUGCUGAGUGGCCGAAACCGGGCGGCUACCCACCUGCCCAGCGAAGGCUUUUCCGGACUUGAUCUCUCGGCAUUCGCCCCAUGUUGUGCAGCCCCCAUGCCACCUCCUCCAGGAGUAUCCACAACCUUGCUGCCGCUGAGGGCCCACUGAAUGCCAAGCACUUUGCGUAGUUUUCUUUGAUUCUUAGGAACCCUGCAAGCUUUUGGACCAGGAAAGCUGUGGGAACCCAAACUUGAACUGAAGCAACUCCAACAAGGUAAUGCCUCCUUCUGAAGCUCCACCUGGGCCUCUCUCCCUGACAUCUCUGCAUCCACAGGGCUCCAGAAGGCCAAUGAGAGAUGAAGACAGGCACCAACUUCCCCCUUGAAGGACUGGCCCUAGGCAAUUACACAGGAAUCGGGCUGUCCUCACUCAAAUGGUUCUAUGCACAGCCACGUGGAAUCACUACAGAGCAGUGGAAAAGCUCUUCCCACAAAGGAGCGGUCAGCUUUGAUGCCCUGGGCACUCAUACACUGGCACAGUUCUCUGCUGGGCACUUUGACAGAGUGUGUAUCCAAAGCCUUAGCCAUGGGUCUGCUCUGACCCAGUGCUCUACUGGGAAUUUAUUUUAAAGGAAAAAGUGUGCAAAGGUCAGUUCCAUGGCUAUUCCACACGACUCAAAUGAAGCUUUGUAUUUGCUGCCUCCAAACAAGGAGGACUGGGCAGGACAAGGCAUUCCUGACUUUGUCUAUGGGCAGGAGGAACUCCUGGCAGGAGGGAUUCAGUGGCCCAGGAAUACAUCUGCCGUUCCAGGGGUUCUGCCGCUGUCUCGCUUCGACUCUGCAGUCUGUUCUGCCUGGAGGCAGCGGAUGGAGCUGGGCCUAUUUCGUUACCACCUGGGGGAAUUGCAGACCCAAACCCUCCCUGGUGCUGUGGGUUUUGUGGCUCAGCUGAAUGUGGAGCGAGGGGUGCAGAGAAGGCGCCCCCAGAGCAUCAAGAGCGUGAGGCAGGCAUUUGACCCGGAACAGUUUAACUUCAACAAGAUUCGACCAGGAGAAAUCCUCUUUCGUUUGCACCGAGAACCUGAUUUGCCCAGUGCUCUCCAGCAAGAGGACAUCCUCGUGAUGAUCAAUGUCAGCCCUCUAGAGUGGGGCCACGUGCUGCUGGUGCCCAAGCCUGCCCUGGGGCUCCCCCAGCGCCUGCUGCCAGGUGCACUGCGGGCCGGGGUUGAGGCUGUGCUGCUGAGCCUACACCCAGGCUUCCGUGUUGGCUUCAACAGCCUGGGUGGCUUGGCCUCAGUGAACCACCUACACUUGCAUGGCUAUUACCUGGCCCACAGAUUGCCCGUGGAGGGGGCGCCGAGCAAGCCUCUAGACCCAGGGGGCCAUCUGUAUCUGCUCCAGGCCCUCCCAGCUCCUGGCUUCCUCUUUUACACUAGCAGCCCAGGACCUGACUUGGAAGCCUUGGUAAGCAGGGUAUGUCGGGCCACUGACUACCUGACUGACCACGAGAUUGCACAUAACUUGUUUGUGACCCGGGGGGCCCCGCCUGGAAAGACAUCACCUUCCUCAGCCCUCACAGGGGUCCGCGUCAUUCUCUGGGCCCGGAAGUCCAGCUUUGGAAUAAAGGAAGGCGAGGCUUUCAAUGUUGCCCUCUGUGAGCUGGCCGGGCAUCUCCCUGUCAAAACCUCCCAGGACUUCACCAGCCUGACAGAGGCAGCUGCGCUGACCCUUAUCCAGGACUGUCUGCUGCCUCCUGCCCAGGCAGAAGAGGUCCGGGCAGCACUUGUGGCCCUGGUGGCCCAGGAGGAGCAGUAA